CAACGUUUGAUGUGUGUUUUGAAAUCUGCUUGACGUUUGUGAACGGUCAGUUUAAAAACUUUAAUUUUCGUAUAUUUAUGCGGUGAAAACAACGAAAAAACAACGAAAACCUUUUAGUUUUAACGUAGAAUGACUGAUACUAAUAAACGAGGAGAAGAAAUACUUCAAGGCUUCCAAGUUAAUUGGAUCUGUCUGAGGGACGCAGACGGCGGUAAAGUGUUCUGGCAAGGGUCGGAGGACCUGAGCCAUCCGGAGGUCGAACAUGAGGCCCACGUACCAAAAUCGAUCCUCAAAUGUCGUGCUGUAUCUCGAGAAUUUAAUUUUAGCACCCGCGAACAAAUCGAACGGUUCCGUUUGGAGCAGAAGGUACUGUUUAAGGGACGCUGCCUCGAGGAGUGGUACUUCGAAUUUGGUUUUGUUAUGCCAGAAUCGACAAACACAUGGCAAUCGAUACUGGAGGCUGCACCUGAAUCACAAAUGAUGCCCGCCUCGAUUUUAAAUGGCAACAUUGUUAUUGAAACCAAGUUUUAUGAUGAUGAUAUACUGAUAACCACGUCCAAAGUACGAUUGUUUUAUGUGUGAUUUGCACCAUGUUUUUGGGGACCAAACUUUGUUUUUAGUUAUUUUUUUACAUAUUAUUUAUUUGUAGUACAAAUACUAAUGUCAAUUCUUUUGAUUUAUUGUUCAAAAGUUGUCAAUAAACAUGUGAUCACUUA